GAAUGAGCGAGUUCGAAGAAUCUGGCAUCGGAGAAGAGUGCGGAGUUUUCGGCUGUGUUGCCGCAGGAGAAUGGCCAACACAACUAGAAGUUGCCCAAGUGUUAACUUUGGGACUUGUCGCGCUACAACAUAGGGGUCAGGAAAGUGCUGGAAUCGUCACAAGUAAUGGAGUCAACCCACCAACGUACAACACCCUCAAGGGGAUGGGGUUAGUGAACAAUGCCUUUCCACCUGAGGACCUUCUGAAGCUGCGCUAUGGUAACCUGGGCAUCGGGCACACACGCUACUCCACAACGGGCAUCUCUGAGCUGCAGAACUGCCAGCCCUUUGUAGUGGACACACUGCACGGCAAGAUAGCUGUGGCACACAACGGGGAGCUGGUCAAUGCAGCCGCACUGCGUAAAAAGGUGAUGCGUCACGGUGUGGGUCUCUCCACCAGCUCAGACAGUGAGCUCAUCACCCAGCUGCUGGCUCUGACUCCGCCCAUGGAGGAGCUGGAUGCCCCUGACUGGGUGGCCAGGAUAAAGAACCUGAUGCAUGAGACCCCUACAUCCUACUCACUGCUGGUGAUGUACACAGAUGUGAUCUAUGCUAUCCGUGACCCGUACGGAAACAGACCGCUCAGCAUCGGACGCCUCGUCCCCAUUUCUAAACUACACACUGCAGGUGUUUUUGGUGCUUCCUUAGCACUGCAUGGUGCUGGCGAGGGAGACACAGAGGGUUGGGUGGUGUCAUCAGAGUCUUGCAGCUUCCAGUCAAUCGGUGCCAAGUACUACAGAGAGGUGAUGCCUGGAGAGAUAGUCCAGAUCUCAAAACACGGUGUGAAGUCCCUAAGCAUCGUCCCUCGCCCCGAGGGAGACCUCCCUGCCUUUUGCAUCUUUGAAUAUGUUUACUUUGCCAGACCAGACUCCAUAUUUGAAGGUCAGAUGGUGUACACAGUCAGGCAGCGCUGUGGACGGCAGCUAGCCAUUGAGGCCCCUACAGAGGCAGACGUGGUCAGCACUGUGCCUGAGUCUGCUACUCCUGCUGCACUGGGAUACGCAGAGCAGUCAGGACUGCCGUACGUAGAGGUUCUGUGUAAGAAUCGCUACGUUGGGAGGACAUUUAUUCAACCAAACACACGCCUCAGGCAGUUGGGGGUGGCCAAGAAGUUUGGUGCACUGACAGACAACUUUGCAGGCAAGCGGGUGGUGCUUGUUGAUGAUUCCAUCGUCAGGGGCAACACCAUCGCCCCCAUAAUCAAGUUGUUGAAGGAAGCAGGAGCCACAGAGGUCCACAUCCGCGUUGCCUCCCCACCCAUCAGGUUCCCCUGCUACAUGGGCAUCAACAUCCCCACAAAAGAGGAGCUCAUUGCUAACAGGCCAGAGUUUAAGGACAUUGCUGGCUACAUUGGUGCCACCAGCGUGCAGUAUCUGUCAGUGGAGGGCCUGGUGUCAGCGGUGCAGGGGGGAAUCCCCUCCCUCCAGAAGGAUGAGCGGAUCAGCACCAACACCAAGGCCAGCAGGAGAGUGGGCUACUGCACCGCCUGCCUCACAGGCAAAUACCCUGUGGAACUGGAGUGGUGACCGCUGACCCCAACCACAACCACUAUCUUGACCACACUACUGCUGUUAUUGUACUUAACCUAAUGUCUAAAGUGUGAACCUUAACCAUACUCUAACCAAGAAAGUGCCUCUUGGAGCCUACUUGGUCACAGUAUGGGUGCCUAGGGCACGGCCUCACCUUGACAAGUAAACACAGAAUUGCUGUAGCUACUAAAUUUUUCCUGAAAGCUGUUACGGUUUGAGUGGUGCCUGGCCUGCUUUGGUCUGAAACCAUUGGGCCUUGAUGCUUCCACUCUGGCAACACAAUAACCUUAUGCACGUCAAUGUGUUACAUUUCAACCCAGCCUUCUCAUUCCACAUAAUAUUCCAUUGUUAUUAAAAACUAGCAUUCUGA